AUGGCUGCAGACGGUCGAAAUGCGGUCGAAGUCCUACCCUCCAUCCCUGUCGGCAGGUCGCCCAACCACACACGGCAUUCUUCGUCCAGCCGGCAGACUUACACGAACUCGACUGGCUCUUCUGCUGCCAGCACGCCACGUCAGGUGCCAAUUUCGAUUGUCGACGAGAGUUUCGAAGGGAUGGAUCUGGAGAGUCAAUCACCAACAAACCCCCGUGCCGUAUACCACAAUAGGAGCCCGCCACCGAACGAAAUAGCCGAUAACUGUCGACUAUUCGAGUACUUUAGAGAGCAGAAACGUUACAUGGGACCUCACUAUGGUGAUGAUCAUGGUGGAGCUAGCAAAUUUUCCGGCUCGACUUAUCAAUCUUCGUUUCUUCAGCAUUCAGCCGGCCUAGAGGGUGUAUCUGGGGCAAAAUUCGUCGACAAACCACAGACAUACGGGCGUAUUGAAGGUUCGGGUGCGAGACAAAGACCGAGUCAGCAUUCAAAUUUUCGUGCACUGCUAUUUUCGAAACUGGAUGGAACAGAUGGUCAGAAAAAUGAAGAGGUGCGCAAAGGUGCCCCGCGCAUAACUGAUGGCGAGCAUGGUGUGAUACGAAAAGGGAACCUCAGAGAAGAGGUUACUUGCGCAGUGCAUAGUGGCAAAAAUAAGCCCUCAAAAGAGCCAGAGCAGGGAAUGCACGCUGAUGCUCAGGCUGACCACAAUGUGCAUCGAGGCUUGAAGUCUUCUCCGGCCGCCCUCACUCUCAAUGGCGCUCUGCAGGACGAAGACGACGUUGCCCGUCAGCCCUCUAUGGACACGCCCACGCCAUUUAUCGGUUCUGUUACUCGGGAAGAUCUGCCAGGGUAUGAACUGAUGGUGCUUCCCACCGAUCGAGGUCGGCCAUCGGCAGGGUCUCGCUUUCCUAGGAUUCGCCGAGAGAUGAUGAACGAGCGACACCCGCACCCUUCGAGCGAGGCAAUCUUGUCAAACCCCUUAACUUAUGCCUCUGAUAAGAAGAACAUAUGCAGAUCUUGUCACAUGCCCGGGAACGGCUUGUCACCUCUUGUGCGGUGCAACGCAUGUAAUGCAGGUUAUCAUAGUCCGUGCGCAAGCGCAACGACCCGUCAAAGCAAGAGCCUCGAUAACUACACCUGCCGGGAGUGUUUGCCAAAUCACAUUGCGGACAGAGGCAGCUUGGAUCGACCUUCCCUCAGAGACGAGAUUCUUCCUAGUUCUAGUCAAUCCGUUGCCCGCCACAUUGGCCAGUCUGCCGAGUUCGCCUCUGACAUGUCCUCACAAGAACCUGCAAUCUCUUCGAAGGCAGUUGCCCAAUCCAAACGAAGCGCAGAUGAUGUUGCUGCCGCGCUUACAAUAAUUAGCAUGGCCAGCUCAGCGCCCGGUCAUGGCCUCGUUUCCGAUAGUGGUAAACACAGGUCAUCCCCACAACAUACAACCAAUGGUUCCACGUCCACCGGAUCAUUGUACAAGCAGAUUACCUGUCCUAUGUGGAAGAGAGCCUUGUGCUGCGUGAUAGAAGACCAUUGUCUAUUUGCUCAUAAAAACACUGGUCACGAUGCCCCCUAUAAUGGGGAACCAGCCAAGGACUUUACUUGUCCGGAAUGGUUGGCUAAGGAAUCAUGCACGAGACAGGAGCACGAGUGUCACUUCGCUCACGUUGACACCGGGUUAUACGUUGGAUCUGAUGGCAAUGCAUCGCUAAAACACAUCGCCUGCUACUUUUGGAAGACUGCCGGCCGUUGUCCAAAGACGGAAGAUUGUCUCUAUGCCCAUGAGGACACGGGCGUGGUUCAAUGGGAGCCAGAAACAAAACAACAGCCGCCACAACCACCGGGAGAGCAGUCCCUGAAGCAGUUCAUUUGCCCUCGAUGGGAAGAGGGCUUUUAUCCGCGGAAGAGGGCAAAAAAUGGCACUCGCAGAUCUCGUGGUGGUGGCUUCGGAAAGACAAAUCAGCCGCGCUCAAGGCGAAGAGACUUGUCAAAAACUGAUAAGUUGCCCCGGGCUGAUGGUGCCAAAGGCCAAAGGCCGACUGAAGCGGCGCUCGCCUCUCCGUCAAGGCCCGACACCAGCUCCGUAUCGGCGUCUUCUAUUACAGAGCAUGGGGUGCCGUCUUCUGUUACAGAGCAUGAGGUACCGUCUCCUGCAACAAUUGCACCAGCUGUCGUCAAGAGACGAGCUCGACGUGGCGGAUCGGCGUACUGGCACCAUCCAAGACCAGAUAGCCGACGACAGGCACCGGACCUUCCAACCGACUCCACAAACCCCCUAAAAGGUUCAGUCCUACGCUGCGCCCGGUGUUCCAUCAGGCACGAGGAUUUGCCACGUCCGGACCCAAUAACAAUCACGAUUUCCGACGACGAAGAUACAGAUGAUCACAGACCAUCACCUCCAUCACCUCCAUCACCGACAGUGGUGACGAUUUCCGACGACGAAGACGUCCCGGAUUUAGUGGAAAUUGGAACAGAACGUCAUGGUGCAAAGGCCCACGCAUCGGCUCCGCGCACUCGACCAUGUGUGAUGACCCCUAACCCUCUAAAGCGUUCCACCACAGAAGCUUCAUUGUUCAUUUCAAGAAAGCGAUUCCGCUACCAACAGGAGAAGGUGAAUACGGCUAUUCAGGCUUUGCGCCAGCCGACUAGAAACAACGAGCUCCAGGACAGCGUUGAGGCCGAGACUCAAGAGGCACAUGAUGAUUCCAGUAAUCGAGCAGAGGUUCCGGACACAGUUGACCAGGCGGCAUCAAUACAGAAGCCAGCAAAAAAUGGACGUACAAUGUCCCCUCUAGGGCAGGGCGAUGACGAUCAGACUUCGAAAUCUUCGACAAAUUCCAAUGCUAUUACACAGGGCUCCCAGAUCUUAUCCCCACACCGAGAGACGUCUACUCGAAUACGUGCAAAAGGUAUGCAACAUACCAGGGCCAGUGACAAUCUGCCAGAUCCCGAGCAAGAAGCAAAACUACCCUUAAUGAUAUCGCGUACGAGCAUUGAGUUCCUCACUGUCCAGAGCGCUAACCCGAUCCCCACAGAACUUGUUGUAUCGUCUUGGAUGACGGACGAUAACUUCCCUUUGGACGAUCAUGCCCUGUUCGUCCCGGCGUCCAUCCAGGAUCACGAGGCUUCCGCAGUGACUACUGGGCUUCUUGAAGGACGACCACCUGCCGAAGGUGUCAAACUUUAUGGUAUUGCAAAAGAAAAUGCUAAAUACAGAGAAACCCCAGAAGCUGUUGAAAUUCGAGCCGAGGCACGGGCCCCAAUGGAGGAGAUUUCCAGCAGCAUGCACAACGCGUUUAAUUCUGCCGUUGAGGACGAAGCGCCUGUUACAAACUCGACUCAAGACACUACUCAGACCAUCGCCAUACCGAAAGUACAGAAAGUCCAGACUGCUGGCCGUGAUGACAGUGACGAGAGGCAAGCCGAGCUCGAAGAGGUCAUUAGCGGAGGUCAGACGAAUAUCGUACCUGAGAGAACAGAAGAUGGGUCAGAUGUUCGGCUUGAGAGCUCGACCGACGCUCAAUCUCAGUUCGCUCUAGACGCAAAUUUCUCGACUCAGAGCGAGGGGGUCAUUAUUGUGAAGCGUCACAAGGCAGGCGAAGAAAGGGGAAAUGAAAAGUACAAAGUGGCAUUAGCACAGUCGCAUUCUUCGAGUCGGGGUGGGGAGAAAGCACUGGCCCCUAGUCCUCUACGUUCAAGGCCUAUAAGCGGGACAGAUGACGGGAGAAAAAGUGAAAAGUACAAAGCGGCGCCAGCACAGUCUCACCCCUCGCCUUCGCAUCUCUCGACUCCAAGUCGAAAUAAAUCUUUGGGCUCGGGUUCUACCCGUCCAAGGCCUACAAGCGGGAAAGAUAUAGAGCAGGGAAAUGAAAUGCGUGAAGCAGCGUCAGCACAAUCUCAGCCUUCGACUCCGAGUCGAAAAAAAUCACUGGGUGCUGGUUCUACCCGUCCAAGGCCUACAAGCGGGAAAGAUAAAGGGAAGGGAAGUGAUAAGCGUGAAGCAGCGUCAGCACAUGGUCGCCCUUUGGCACAGGGUCAAAAGGAACCAUUGAGCUCUAGUCCUGCCCUUUCAAGGCCUACGAGCAAGCCAGAUGAGCAUAUCUCAAUCACUCCACGCUUACCCUCACCCUCACCCUCACAUCCACAGCUGACAAAUGGACUCACGACAGAGAACUUUUCACCUGUGACGGAUCCAGCCAAAUUUCCAUCGAAUCAAUCUGCUCCUGGGCCAAACCUGGUGACUCCUCCUGCCAACAAUACUAAGCCAACUCGUCCAGUGUCCGGCAAGAACACACAGACUAAACCCACGGAAUUUGACCAGGCCGUGGCGAUUCAGAAGUUACAAGCAAAAGGCGUUCAAUUCGAACCGGAUUCCGAGGGUGACGAACCCAGUGACCCUGAUACUCCGAAAAGACCUCCCCCUCGCAAUGCUAAGCGGCCGUGUGCAAGCAAGGCCCUGGAUUCUCGGGAUCUAUUUGACGUGGAACCUUCCUUAAAACCGGCUAGAAAGCCAAAAAAAGGAGGAUGA